AUGGCCGCCCCGCCGGACGAGAUGUGUGAUUAUUACAACAAUUCCAACAUUUUGGUUUAUUGUUCAACUUUAAUCCCGGACUUGUUCUUCUGCAAGACAGUGGGUACAGUGCUAGUUAUUGCUUCAUCUUAUCUGCUGCAGCAAGUGGAGGCCGAGGCUCUUACAAGGAGCUGGGGGAAGUAUGGGCAGAAGCUGCUGUCCAAUCUGAAGCUUUGCUUGGCACACCAGUGCUGGAGGUAUGUGUUUCUUUCUGUCAUGAGAUGGAUGUAUAAGAACCAGCUCCAGGAGCUUGCACAGAGGAGCUGCUUCAAUCUGCCGUCCUAUUCAUGCAUCCGGGAGGGACCGGAUCAUGCACCCCGGUUUAAGGCCACAGUUAAUUUCAAUGGGGAGAUGUUCGAGAGCCCGGUGUUUUGUUCUACUUUGCGGCAGGCGGAGCAUGCCGCGGCUGAGGUAGCGCUCAAUGAGUUAUCAAAGAGGGGGCCUUCGUCGACGCUGGCUGCCAAAGUUCUGGAUGAAACCGGGAUAUACAAGAAUCUUCUUCAAGAAACUGCUCAUCGAGCUGGUCUAAAACUCCCCAUCUAUACUACUAUUAGAUCUGGGCCAGGUCAUACACCUGUGUUCACAUGCACAGUGGAGUUGGCAGGAAAGACAUUUACUGGCAAUCCUGGCAAAACCAAGAAGCAAGCUCAAAAAAAUGCUGCAAUGGCUGCCUGGUCUGAAUUGAAGCAACUGCCCAGGGUAGGUGAGCCAUCGUCCUCAUCGUGUCCGGCUGAUCAGGAUGAUGAAGAGCAGGAACAGGUCAUAGUUACUCGGACUCUUGCAAGCUUGAGCCAGGCAAAUAGUGGCAAGGUGCCAUAUCAAAAGGAAAAACAGCAAAGCAAUAACCGCCCAUCAUCACGGAGAUCUUAUCCUAAACCAAAUACAUCAUUCUACCGGCCAUAUAUGCAAAAUCAGGCUUAUCCUAGUGUUCCACCAGAUCAAGCUAUGUACCAUCUGUGGCAUCGGAUGCAAGCGACACAGCCAACACCUCGCUUUCCAGUGGUACCAGCUAUGGGUAAUACAAGGUUUCCCCCACCAGCAGCUAUGCUCCCCAUGUACCCUCCACCUCGAGGGCAAUUCUCCAAUCCGGCUAACCAGGAUGCUCUAGGUCUUCUUCCAUGUUUUCCUGAAGCUGCUCCUGCCCUGCCACGGUACUUCUCACCUUACCCUGUCUCCUAUGUGCCAAGAAGUCCUUUGCCGGUUACUGUUCACAAAAUUCAUGAGAAAAGGCAGGACCACACUGAAACAGUUGAGCUUCCUGAUGCUGUGGUAUUCUCGCCAUGCGCUACCCUAGAUUCCUUUAGGACAUCAGAACGUGGUGGUCCACCACGCAAGGUUCAAGAACCAACCAAAAAUGGGAAAGAAGGCUGUACUGGGAGCAGUACUUCCCCUGAGGAAGAACAUGACACUCCCACUGUCCCAAGCUCUACCACACAACCGUCAUCCCACAAGUUGGAACCAAACGAAGAUCAGCAAACGUUGCAGGCAGGUUUGAAGCAGCCCCAUGAACAACAGCUAAUGCCAUCCUCGUCUUGUGUUAGUCCUUCAGUUGCAGCACAGAACUCUGUCCAGCGAAAGCAUUAUGCUAGCUCCAUCCAGCAUGAUGAGCCUAUACUUAGAAGGAAUCCUCCUCAUACUAAUCCGCCUGCAUUGCCUGAUCUAUGGUCUUCCCGCUCACAAACUCUACCCAGAUUUGGAUCUGCACCUCCUGUAAACUCACCAAGUUCAGUGUUCCAGCAGCGACCUCCUUGGUUGGCUGCACCCGUUACAGUUCGAACUGCUGUUCCUGUCUGCUCAGCCAGGCCAAAUGUGGUGAAUUCUACCACUGUAACAGCUCCAGCAAGAGCCGCUGCCCAGAACUGCUCUGCACCAGCUAGGGCUGAGCCUGAACCUCACACGCACAAUGGAGACAGAGAUCGGAACAGCGCUGCAGCAGCGAGUUCUGAAUUCAAUAAACUCCACAUUUGA